UGGGCCCUGAUUUUUCGUACUUUUGGGAAAAGCGGCCGCGGACUGCAAUAAAACUAAGUUGGCAGUGCGUGUUUUAAAGUUGUACUCGCGCGCCCGGCAAUUAAAAGCGGAACAGUGGGAGUGAGUGCGGCCCCAAGGUCGCCCAGGCAGCAGGCGUUCCACUUAGGUGAACAGCACGGCCAAAAGUGAAUUACCAAGCACCUGGGCGAAACUCUUGGUCGGCGGAUUCAAAAAUUCAUUCCGAAUUUCGAGAAGGUGGCAACGCUGCGCCCGAUCACGAACAGCUGUGGGAGCGUUGUUAGCAGAGCAUCGCGUCGCUCCACUUUGUUGUUGCAGCUCCAGCGUGCGGUUCGCUGCGCGCAUUUAAAUAGUUUUUAAAUAAUUGGCCAACUUUGCCGACGACCCCUGUCGUGUGCCAGUGCUGUUUUUGCGUACCUUCGUGUGCCGUGUCUCGUUACCGCCACAAAACCCCGAAAACGCGCAGUGGCUAGAAUUACGCUUACUUCGGAGUAACUAAGCCAAGUACCGCUGCCAUGUGAUUACACCGUUGUUUACCCGUAAGCGAGACCGACAUAAUAACCAUUAAAACAAUUACAACAAUUAUAAACAACAAUAUCGAAAUGAGCAAUACAAAAAGCAUGAACUUGGAAAACAAAUUUAAGCAUGCUUGAUCCAGUGCUCGGGCAUCCAGGUCUUAAAAGUGUCUAUGAGAAAAGCCCCAGAAGCAGCGGCAGCGUCCACGUCUUCGCUCAUUCAGCAUCAACUACACCCAGAGACAAGUAUUACUGCUCCAGCGUUUUCCGCCUGGCCGCGCCUCUCGAGUCUUUUAAGUGUUUUCCCAGAACUGCACCAGCCAUUCCGCCCCGCUCCGCCGCCCCCUUCACCUCGAGCUCCACAUGUUGGGUAAAUUCACCUCGAAUCAUGUCCAGGUCUACCACCAGUACUCGCGUCCAGUGCCCGUGAAGAAGCCCGUCAAGCACCAGCCGCGUAGUUGGAUCGAGACAAACUUCCAGAAGCGCGAGUGCAUCAAGUUCAUACCAUGCCCAAGGGACGACACAAAAUGCUGCUGUGGCCAGGCGCAGAUCACACAUCAGACCAUCCCCGGCAUCGAGAGUGGGUCGCCCGGAGACCCCUGGCUGCCCACGAAGCACACCCGCCCGCAGCCCACGGACGCCUAUGGAACCAUCGAGUUCCAGGGCGGCGCGCAUCCCACAAAGGCCCAGUACGUCCGCCUGUCGUUCGACACGCGGCCCGAGCUGCUGGUGCAGCUAUUCACCAAGGAAUGGAAUCUGGAAUUGCCAAAACUUUUGAUCACCGUGCAGGGCGGCAAGGCCAACUUUGAUUUGCAGGCCAAACUGAAAAAGGAGAUACGCAAAGGACUGCUGAAGGCGGCCAAGACCACGGGAGCCUGGAUAUUCACCGGCGGCACAAACACCGGCGUGACCAAGCAAGUGGGCGACGCCCUGCUCCUGGAGGGUCAACAGCGGACCGGACGAGUGGUCAGCAUCGGCAUCGCCCCCUGGGGCAUCGUGGAGCGCAAUCACGAGCUGCUGGGCCACAACCGCGAGGUGCCCUGCCACAGCAUUAGUUCGCCCAGAUCCAAGCUGGCCGUGCUGAACAAUCGCCACGCCUACUUUCUGCUGGUGGACAAUGGCACCCAGGCCAAGUACGGAGCCGAGCUGAUAUUGCGGCGCAAGCUGGAGAAGUUCAUAUCCAACCUGAAGCUACACCCAUUCACACAUUCCAGUACGCCCGUCGUCUGCCUGGUGAUCGAGGGCGGCACCAACACCAUCCGUGCGGUGCUCGAGUACGUGACGGACUCGCCGCCGGUUCCGGUGGUCGUGUGUGACGGAUCCGGGCGUGCCGCCGACCUCCUGGCCUUCGUCCACAAAUACGCCUCGGAUGGCGAGGAGCAGCCGGUUCUCGAGUCCAUGCGCGACUACCUCAUCGGGACCAUACAGAAGACCUUCGAAGUGGGCCUGGACCAGUCCGAGAAGCUCUACCAGGAGCUGCUGCAGUGCACGAGGAACAAGAAUCUGAUUACCGUCUUUCGCAUACAGGAAAAGCCCGAGGGCGAGGCGCAGGAGCUGGAUCAGACCAUCUUAACGGCCCUCUUCAAGUCGCAGCAUCUCAGUCCGCCGGAGCAACUGAGUCUCGCGCUGACGUGGAACCGGGUGGACAUAGCGCGCAGCGAGAUAUUCGUCUACGGCCAGGAGUGGCCCAAUGGCGCCCUGGACGAGGCCAUGAUGCAGGCCCUGGAGCACGAUAGAAUCGAUUUUGUCAAAUUACUCUUGGAGAAUGGCGUUUCGAUGAAGAAAUUUCUGACAAUACCGCGCCUCGAGGAGCUCUACAAUACCAAACACGGUCCGGCCAACACGCUGGGAUACAUCCUGCGCGAUGUCCGACCGCACAUACCCAAGGGCUACAUUUACACGCUCCACGACAUCGGCCUGGUGAUCAAUAAACUAAUGGGCGGCGCAUAUCGAUCCUAUUACACGCGCCGCAAGUUCCGGCCCAUCUACGCCAAGGUUAUGAACAGCUAUGCCAACGCCUGCCGCAAGUCCUCCACCUACCAGUACCAGCGAUAUGCCGGUGCCAAUUCGCUGAGCCUGGUCACCGGCCUGCUGCCCUUCACCUCGGAAAUGGCCCUCUUCGAGUUCCCCUUCAACGAGCUGCUGAUUUGGGCCGUGCUGACCAAGCGGCAGCAGAUGGCGCUGCUGAUGUGGACCCACGGGGAGGAGGCGCUGGCCAAGUCACUGGUGUCCUGCAAGCUGUACAAGGCCAUGGCCCACGAGGCGGCCGAGGACGACCUGGACACGGAAAUCUACGAGGAGCUGCGCUCCUACGCCAAGGAGUUCGAGAGCAAGGGCAACAAGUUGCUGGACUUUAGCUACCGACAGGAUGCGGAAAAGGCGCAGAGGCUGCUCACCUGCGAGCUGCACUCCUGGUCGAAUCAGAGUUGCCUUUCGCUGGCCGUGGCGGCCAACCAUCGUGCCCUGCUGGCCCAUCCCUGCAGCCAGGUCAUUCUGGCGGAUCUCUGGAUGGGAGGCCUGCGUACCCGCAAGAAUACCAACUUUAAGGUCAUAUUGGGCCUGGCGAUGCCCCUCUACAUCAGGCAGCUGGACUUCAAGUCCAAGGAGGAGCUGCAGCAGAUGCCGCAGACAGAGGAGGAGCACCUGGAGAACCAGAAUCUGGACAACGACGACUCGGAUCGUUCGCAGCCGGAUGCCGAGAGCGCCCUUUUAAAAGCCAAAAGAUCCAUUUCCUUGAGAUAUAGGAUGGGCGCGGGUGCUAAUAAUCGCGAAAAGGCUCUAUUGGCGGAUACUUACUCAGUGCGCGAUACAAAAGUACACGAAAAUGGCAAAGUUAAUCUCACUGCUGGAGCGGAGGAACCGCCCUCCAAAGUCUCGCUCACCGACUCGGAUCCCGCCCAGUUCAGGGAGUUCUUCAAUCUCUCCGAGUACAACGAGGUGAAGCAGCACCAGCCGCUGCGCCUGAAGAAGAAGUUCUACGAGUUCUACACGGCGCCCAUAACCAAGUUCUGGGCCGAUUCGAUUGCCUACAUGUUCUUUCUCAUUAUGUUCUCCUUCACCGUGCUGGUGAAGAUGGAGCAGAUGCCGCGGUGGCAGGAGUGGUACUCAAUAGCAUAUAUCACCACGCUGGGCUUCGAGAAGAUACGCGAAAUAAUAUCCUCCGAGCCGGUGGCCAUUACGCAUAAAUUCUCGGUGUGGGCGUGGAAUAUGUGGAACCCGUGCGACGGCGCCGCCAUCAUACUCUUCGUCAUCGGCCUGGCAUUUCGGUUCCGGGAGACCACCAUGGACAUCGGUCGGGUCAUCUAUUGUGUGGACAGCAUCUACUGGUACCUGCGCAUCCUGAACAUCCUGGGCGUGAACAAAUACCUGGGUCCCCUGGUCACCAUGAUGGGUAAAAUGGUGAAGAACAUGAUAUACUUCGUGGUCCUGCUGGCCGUCGUUCUGAUGAGUUUCGGUGUCAGUCGACAGGCGAUUCUGUACCCCAACAAGCAGCCCACCUGGAGUCUUAUAAAGGAGGUCACCUUCCAGCCCUACUUCAUGCUGUACGGCGAGGUGUUCGCCGGCGAUAUCGACCCUCCCUGCGGCGAGGAUCCCAGCCAGCCGGGCUGCGUCACCGGGCACUGGGUAACGCCGAUAACCAUGUCCAUGUACCUCUUGAUUGCCAAUAUUCUGCUGAUAAACCUGCUCAUCGCCGUGUUCAACAACAUCUUCAACGAGGUCAACUCGGUUUCGCAUCAGGUGUGGAUGUUCCAGCGGUUCACCGUGGUGAUGGAGUACCAGCAGAAGCCCGUCCUGCCGCCGCCCUUCAUCGCGCUGUGCCACUUCUACUCGCUGCUCAAGUACUGUGUGCGGAAGGCGAAAGGAUUGGAGGUGCAGCGGGACAACGGUCUCAAGCUGUUCCUGGAAAAGGACGACCUGGAGCGGCUGUACGACUUCGAGGAGGAGUGCGUCGAGGGCUUCUUCCACGAACAGGAAAUCAUCCUCAAUCAGUCGACGGACGAGCGGGUGAAGAACACCACGGAGCGGGUGGAGACCAUGUCCCAGAAAAUCGAGGACAUCAAUCAGAAGGAGAACAUACAGACGGCCACCGUUCAGAACAUCGAGUUCCGGCUGCGAAAGAUGGAGGAGUCCUCGGAGCAGAUACUCUCCCACCUGGCCGUCAUACAUCGCUUCAUGUCGACCCACAUCGCUGGCACGGACGAUUUGCGCGGCUCCACGAUAAACAUUCCGGGGGAGAUGCAGCGCAUGCGCACCAUCUCGAUUUCGGACACGGAGGCCGGCGGCGGACCAGGCGGAAACGGUGCUGGUGGUGCCGGCGGCGGGGGCGGCGGCGGAGCCAUCUUACCACUCGGCCUGGGCGCCGGACUGAAUUUAAAUUCGCUGCAGGUGACCACCCGGCGCCGCUUCAAUCGCUCGCUGACCGAAGUCCGGCCAGACGCGUACAUCUUCGACGAGGGCACGCACUUCGAGGUGGUGCCGCUGCCGGAGGAACCGGACGAGGUGGUCAAGUCCCGGGAGGCCCUCAACGAGCAGGUGGUCCGCAAGGCGUCCAUGCAGUCGGAGGCGGACUCGGACAUCUACCUGCCCCUCUCGCAGCGACCCUCCACCUGUGAGACGGUGAAGCGGACCCCGUAUGUGACCGUGCGCCAGGACACGGGUGCCAGCACGGAGAGCAAGGACACCCUCACUCCGAUGGGCAACAACGACGACGACCAGACCCUAGUGGGAGGCGACAACUCCGACGACGCGGCGCCAGACAUCAGCUUUGAGGCUGCCAGGCACCGGGCACUGCGCCAGCGAACCGUUUCCCUGUGCCGCCGCAACUCGGAGACCUACUCCCUGACCGGGGCGGACAUAAACCGGUCCCACAUCAGCCUCAACCAGCUGGCCUCCUUGUCCCGCCGACAGAUGAGCCUCACGCAAUCGGAGCCGGACAGCGACAAGGACGCACCCGCCGGCCAGGGAUCAGCACAUCCGGGUAAAUCAGUAUUGCAUGCGAAACCCUCCAGAAAUAUCUUGCUGAAACUGCACAGCGAGUACACCUCGAUCACGGACGAGCUGGAGAGCGUCUGCCACAUGAUAGCAUCGCCCACGGUGUCCCUGCCGAGCAACAAAGCUUCACUGGACCGUCCCAAAACGGAAAUGUCGCGGGCCGAGGCUGCGGCUUUGCUGGAGAAGAAGCAUCUGAAGGAGUGCGAGGAGAACGACUACAAGAUACUGGAGGGUCUGAUUGAGUCGCGCGGCUCCAUCGAUGCCAGCGCCCAGGGAUUUGAGAUCGGCGUAUCCAUAGACUACAGCCAUCGCUAUCCGCUGCGACGCGAGACCGCCGUAGAGCUGUCACCUUCAAAGCCCUCGGUCGAUGGCGACCUCAUGGGCGGCGGAGGUGGCGGCGCCGGCGGUGGCGACAGUAGCGACACCAGUGGGGCUGGUAGCUGCGGUGCCAUGGUCGUCGUAUCGAGCGGCUUUCAGCUGAAGAACGAGCGCCCCUGGCAGCGCAACUCCUCGAUGGAGCAGCAGGCGUAUCCCUCACCCCUGGUGCCCACCCGGGCCACGAGCGACUUCCUUAACGCCCCGUACGAGGGCAGCGGACGGCUGUUCAAGAAGUCCAGCGAGAGCCUGCAGAAGAACUCCAGCACGGAGACGGACUACUCGGCCCACCCGUACCGCUUCAUCAAGCAGAGUUCCAAUGAGACGAACACCUCACUGACGGGCUCCUAUAACGUGGACACUCCCUCUCUGACGGCGGAGCCCUCGCUGGACGCCGGCGACUCGCACUCGGCGACGGGGAUCAGCAUCAGCGUUGGCGCUGUGGGCGGCGCUGCCACGGCGCGUUACCAGCCCAUCCGUACCGCCUCGGUGGGAGCGGCCGACGGGCGGCGCUUGCGGGAGGAGAGCUCCAGCUCGCUGGACCUCAGCGCCUCGGGGCCAGUGACGAUGCAGGCAGCGCCGGCACCGCCAGCGCGUCCGAUGCAGCUGAAGAAACAGUUUAGCGUGGACCAGGCCAAGCCGUCUCAGCCUACCGAGGCCGUGCCUCAGACACCGGAGGCCGCUGGCCAGGCUGGUCAGGCCAAACUGAUUUCCACACUCAAGCCGCAGCCCUUUGCGAGCAAGCUGGGCAUGAAUGUGCUGAAGGAGAGCAGCUCCAGCACGGAGGAGUCCGGCGGGUCGUCCGCCAAGAGCAGCAACCCGGCGCUCUCCAUACCGCAGAUCAGCACCCAUCUGGUGCAGGACGAGAUCGCCAAGCUGUCGUCAAACAUCAAGAGCAGCACCGAAUCGGAAAAGGACCCGCCGUUCAACGAGACAAUGUGUUAGCAAGGAGGAAGGAUCAGGUGCCACACACUCGUCUUACUGUGCUCAAUGGGAGAACUCUAGUCAUAGGAGCUGGGUGAUAACAUGCUAAUGGACUAGCGUUGGGUUCUGGGAAAACAGAUAUCAUGGGUUAUGCAUAUUUAGUCGGGGGAGUCGCAAGUUACUUACGUGUUAAUGAUUUUGACAAUACAUAGUUCACAAAUUCUCUGUAUUUUUAUACAAGUAUUAAUCUAGAAAGCGCCAUUGUUGUUGUUGUACACCUUGAAGGCAGGAGCAUAGAGAUAUAAUAUCUGUUUUCGUUUGUUACCAAUAGGAACCACCAAAGAAAUGCAUAUUGAAUCGCCUGCGAUGAGCGAAGCACAUACUCACCUAUUUGGUACUUUUACAAUUUCCUAGGUGUAGUCAGUCGUACAUAUUACAAACAUAUCUGAAAGCAACCACUCUACUUUAUCCAAGCCAUCAUGAGCACUUACCUCAACUCAAUUAGAAACUUAUCGCAGCCUAGUGUACUUAUACCUGCAACCCCGAGUCCCGAAUUGUAGACCUCGAGGUUCGCCACAAUAUCAGCUCCUCCGUAAUGUGUGUUGGCAUAUGUGUAUACCGCCUCCUUAGAUAGUCCAUUUUACUCGCUUAUGUGGGAGAAAUUCGUGUUUUCUAUGUGCGUCUGCCUUUUUCGGCGGCACUAGAUAUUAAUGUACAUAAAUAGAGUAAAUGUUAUAGGGUUAUGAAAAGAUCGCUAAAAUGGUUCAUGUUCGGCCAGUGUGUGCUAAUAGUCUAAACUAGUUUUAAAAUACUUCAAGGAUUAAGAAUAACAAUGCAUUUUAAUAAAAUAUUUAUAAUUGUACUUAUUUAUUUUAAGAAUUGUAUGUUAUUUAUAUUAAAAUAAAUGAUUCACACAUUAAGAAUUUGAA